AUGUCCGCGCCUGACAAGUACAAUCUCUAUAUAAUGAGCCGCCAGCAUAGCUCCGGCUACGAACAGUGGGGUCUAGCUACAACACCUCCAAACGAUGAUCACUGCACCUUCUACUAUUCCGACCUCAACACAACAGACACUCGUUCCAACCAUACUAGACCCCCACGUGUCCUCGAAAAUCAACUCCUGAAUGACGACAAGGUGGUCUAUAAGAAACUCUUGUCAACAAUCACACUUCCUCACAUGUACGGUAGGACUGGGUUCAUCGCAGUCGCUGUCGGUGUUAGAGGGUACGACAAUAUGGCAUACGUGCUAAGAGCUCUAUUUGAGCUUGAACAGGCCUGGCUUGUGCCCCCUGAAACGUGGGCUGAGUGGAAGGACAAACUGACUGUCGCCAGCUGGCCAGCUAGACCGGAAUUGCGAAAGCCUUCAAGUCCGAAAGCCAGCAGUGGUUCCAGUCAUGGGUGUUCAUCAACGGCGCGAAGUACCUAUCACAGGACAAGGGGGGGUUCGCGUGCUCCCGCAGCCAGCCGUCAAGACCGUAGCUGA